UUUUAUUUGACUUGUGAACGCACUUGCUACACAUGUGAGAAGUAAACACAACAACAUCAUAUUAUCGAGUAUUCAGCCAUAUAUCAAGGAAUCACAAUGGACAAGAGAAAGAAGAAGAAGUUCCACAAGAAGAGGGAAGAAAUGGAUGAAAAGAGUAUGACAAGAGUUUUAAAGGAAGAAUCAGAGAUCAAGGAGCUUGAGCAGAAGAAAUUAAAAAUGGCAGAUGUUAACCCAGAUGAAAUUGACAGUUUUGCCAAGUUUCCCCUGAGUAAAUACACUCUCCUAGGCCUCAAGCAUAAUGGUUUCACAGUACCAACGAAGGUUCAGCGACAGACUCUGGUAUAUUCUCUACGUGGCAUGGAUGUGGUAGGAGCAGCCAAGACUGGAUCAGGAAAAACAUUAGCUUUCAUAAUACCUCUUUUAGAAAAUUUAUAUGUGAAGAAAUGGUCAAGUGUAGAUGGUUUGGGCGCAUUGAUCAUCACCCCGACACGAGAACUGGCCUAUCAAAUAUUUGAAGUCUUAAAAAAUAUUGGAAAAAGUCAUGACUUCUCAGCUGGUCUUAUUAUAGGUGGAAAGGACCUGAAGUAUGAGUGGAACCUGAUCAGUGGAUGCAACAUCCUGAUUUGCACACCAGGUCGCCUCCUGCACCACAUGUUAGAAAACCCAGAUUUCAGCUGUGAAUAUGUUCAGACGCUUGUCCUUGAUGAAGCAGAUCAGUGCUUGUCCAUGGGGUUUGCAGACACAAUGAAUUGCAUUCUUGAAGAGUUGCCAGAGGACAGACAGACAAUGCUCUUUUCUGCAACACAAACUAGGGAUGUCAAGGAUCUGAUUCGGGCAGGAUGCAAAAAUCCAGUGUUUUGCUCUGUUCAUGAAUUUUCUAAAACAGCAACACCAAGAGGUCUUGUAGAAAGUUAUAUUGUUUGUAAAUGUGAAGAAAAAUUUACUUUCCUGUGGUCAUUUAUCAGACAUCAUAGGAAAAAUAAAAUCCUUGUCUUUAUGUCAACAUGUAAACAGGCAAAAUACAUGUUUGAUAUCUAUUGUAAACUUAAUGCAGGAGUGCCUGUGUUGUGCCUGCAUGGAGGUAUGAACCAGUUAAGAAGGCUGGCUGUAUAUGACAUUUUCUGUAAGAAAGAAAAUGUUGUUCUCUUUGCAACAGAUCUUGCAUCCAGAGGAUUAGAUAUACCAGCCGUGGAUUGGGUAGUACAGAUAGACUGUCCUGAAGACGUCACAACAUAUAUCCACCGUGUUGGAAGAACGGCUCGAUAUGCUAACUCAGGAGAAGCUGUUUUAGUACUCACACCCCAUGAAGAGGAACCAAUGAUUGCCAAUUUGAAGACAAAAAAUAUUGAAGUUGAUCAAAUUGAGGUGGAUACAUCCAAGAUGAGCAGCAUCCACACCAAGAUGGAGAUCCUCUUGAGCAAAAACCCUGAGCUGAAGGAGGAAUCCGUUCGGGCAUUUAAGGCAUAUGUGAAAAGUGUUACUCUUAUGAAGGAUAAGAAGGUGUUUAAUGUCAACUCAAUAGAUAUAGAUGCCUAUGCUAGGUCAUUAGGUUUGGCUGUUACACCUAGACUAAGAUUUCUGCAGAAUCAGAAGCAGAGACCCAAACAGACUGAAGACACACACAACUGGAAUUGCUCAGCAGAUGAGAAGCCUUGGAAAUCCAAAUUUACAACUCUGGACUUUGGAACAGAUGACAUUGAUGAGGAGGACUUCUUAACAAGCACCAAGAAAGAACAAGAUGAAAUGGGACAGGAGGAGGAGUCAGAAUCUGCAUCAUUCCCAGAAGACCUUCUUGUUGUCAGUUCGAAGAAAAAGCCACUGACCAAGCAAGCUGUCGUCAAAAAGCUAAUGAAGAAGAACAUUGUCCUCAACACCAAAAUUGUGUUCAACGAAGAGGGUGUGGAGGUGAAGAACCCCGAAAAAGAGCAGACAUCAAAGGUUGCCCAGCAGGUAGAGGAUCAAAGGAGUGGAAUCAAUAUUACUCAACUGAAAGAGAUCAUGAAGCAAGAAGAUGUCAUUGACAGAAAACUUGAAGCAAGCAAAAAGAAGGAACAGAAAGAAAUUAAGAAAAGAAAAGAGAAGGCUAAAAAGGACGAAGAAAAAAUUGAAGUUGAAGAUAUGGUGGAGGAAGGAGACGAAGAGAGUGAUGUUGACGAAGAGACUCAGAAUAUCAUUGACUCCCUUCCUGACCCUGACAAGGUCUACAGUCAUAAGAAGAGAGAGACUGAUUCAGAUUCAGAUGACGAGGCUUCUAAACAGAGCAGUGAUGAAAGUGAUGAUGGGAGAGGUGCUGCUGAAAGUAGUGAAGAUGAUAGCAGUAGUGAAGAAAGUGAACCAGAAAAGAAAGUCAAAAUAAGUGGCAAAAGAAAAGCUCACAUGAAGCUCAAAGAAGCAAAGAGGGCAAAAUUGGCUCAGAGUAACACCCUGACCAGUCUUCCAGUUGAAGAAAAGGAGCAGUUAGCAUUAUUCUUGCUAAGAGGAGGAAGGAAAUGAAAAAUGUAAAUAUAACUAUACAAAUAUAUAUAGUAUGGAAAU